UGAACACUGUUUGCAUGUUGAUAUAUAGUCAAGUGGAACGAUUAUUACGUGUAGGAUAGUGAACGUAUGAGAUAUAUGAAAUUGAAGAAAGGAACGGUGUCUUGAAACGAGAAAGACUAGCAACGCAUAUGGAUAAAGACGUGUACAACUGAGACUCGUCGCGCCAGAGCUGCUGGGCAAUACUGACAUCAGCCCGAAAGCAGGAGGAAGGACCCAGGUCAUGGACGUCAUCGCGAAACUGCCGACCCCCCUGGGAUGGGUGGUAGGACACGCCCCCCUGUCUAAAAAGGCCUUGGAGAAGAAGUCGUGGUUGUCGCCGUGGAUUCUGCUGAAGACCCUGGACAGCAUCCUAAGAGGCAUUGCGCAGGUAUGCUUCGCCGACAACCCUCUCUCCGGGCUGCUCAUCCUGGUCGGCCUCUUCGUUGGUGACGUCAUGGCGGGUCUCGGCGCGGUCGUGUGCUCGCUGGCGGCAGUCAUCGUCGCCUUGGCCUUCCAAGAGCCAGACGGAGCCAUAGCCUCAGGACUCACCAAUUACAGCGCCGUUUUAGUGGGUACGGUAACAGCCUCGUUAUACCCUGUGUUCUUCCACCUGCCCCUGACCUUACCCGUUUGGGGCUUUAUGCUGCUUGCGACCGUCUUCAGUGUGUGCAUAGGGUCGGGCCUCGGCUCCAUUCUGUCGCCUUUCAAACUGCCAUACUUCACCCUGCCCUUCAACAUUGCAACUUCCAUCGCGUUCAUGUGCAUGCGCGCGCACGGCUUGGCUGGGCUUCCGGAGGAGGCCAGCGGGCAGGUGGACGUGUCGGAGGCGGUUCAGUGGGCACAGGUGUUCCGUGGAUCUCUGCUCUCCGUGGGGCAGGUAUACGCCGUGGAGACCGUAGCGGGGUCCUGUCUCAUUAUAGCGGGCCUCUUCCUGUGUUCGCCGCUUCUGACUGUGAUCUCAGUAGUUGGGGCGUUAUUUGCCUCUUGCACGGCCGUUUUGGUGUCCUCGGCUCCGUACUCCAUGAUCUACGCCGGCGUGUGGGGCUACAACGGCUUCCUGUCAGCCGGGUGCCUCUUCUUCUUCAUGGUGCCAUCCCGCAGGCUCUUCGUCCUGGCUGUGGUUAAUGCCAUCUUCACCACGUUCCUGCAGGCUGCCAUUGCACCGGUCUUCGCUGUGAGUCAGUUGCCGGUGUUUACGUACCCAUUCUGCAUGAGUUCCCUAAUGUUCCUGGCCAUGGCGAGCAACGGGGGGAUGGACAGCGGAAGGGUCACCAGUCUUACCUUCCCAGAGCAACAUUUUAUACUCCAUCUCAAGGAAUCAAACAUAGAAGAUAUUUCCAAGAUGGACAACGCUUAAAAAACACGCUUACGUGAAGGGAAUAUAUAUAUAUAUAUAUAUAUAUAUAUAUAUAUAUAUAUAUAUAUAUAUAUAUAUAUAUAUUACAUAUGUAUAUGUGUGUGUGUGCGUGUGUGUGUGUGUGUGUGUGUGUGUGUGUGCGCGUGUGUGAGUGUGAGUGUGUGUGUGUUUGUGUUUGUGUGUGCGUGCGUGGGUGCCUGUGUGUCCCCUGAUUUGUUUCUCUCCAUUUAGUCUGAAGACCUGGGCGCACGUGCUGUCUUCCGAAGCCUCCGGAAUGGAAACUAGUCACAAAGGAAUCCUAUCAUCAUCAUACGGCCAAAAUCAACAAGCAUGCAUACACCAAAAGCUUUAUGAAAUGUUUGUGUGUGUGUAUAUAUAUACAUCUAUAAAUAUGCAUAAGAGCAUACAUGUGUAUGUGUGUGUGU